GGUCUCUAUCUCCUGCCCCGCGGAUGGAAAUAGGCAGAUUUGGCAAGUGGAGCGGCAGGAGGUUGCGGUGACGUUGUGUGUGUGGGUCCCAGUGUCCCGGGGCGAUUGUUUUUGAUGGAUGCAUCAGCCGAAGGAGAAAGCAGUAAAACUGUGAGGCGGAGAGAAGACAGAGGAAAGAGACCCGCGAGGAGGCGCCCGCAGAAGGCUGCGUCAGUCUCGCAACUCAUUAGACAGCUGCAAAAGAUAGUGUUCCUUGACUCGGAACUAAAAGUGACCAGGCGUCAGGUUCUUCAUCAAACCAAAACCUAUAUUAAGGAACUUGAAACCACUUUGGAUAACCUUCUUAAGAUGAGAGAUGACAAAAUGCCGUGCACCCUGGAGCAGGUCAAAGAAGAAUACCUGCAGCUUAAUUGCAUUGACACCAGUUGCACCCCAGUCACAGGAAUAAACCCAGAUAAUGACCUGGGAGUGUGGUACCUCAGCCAGGAGUGUGAGACGGACAUCGCCAUGAACCAAGUCGUAGAAAAUACAGAGGAGGCUCAUAUCCCAUCAACCCUGUCUUCUGAUAUUAUGGAGUUUGAAAGGUAUCUGCAGUUCUACCAGCAGACUAUGGACACCCUGGUGGAGAAUGCGGUUAUAUCCCAAGAGGAGAUCUCCCACCCUGUUGUCUCCAAAGCCAUUUCUGACCUUUGGCAAGAGCUUUUGCAAGAGGGCACUGUAGAACUGUACCUGCAGGGUUGCCAGCAGGCUCGGAUGGCUGCCCACGCUCUGCCUUGUUCUGAGAUUGGUGGUUAUGCCGCGACUUCCAUUAGAGACAGCAGUGCUGAGAGCCAAGAAGCCACUAGCUCAUUUUUGUCUUCUACCCCUGAAGAGAUAACUUUUGAAGAUGCUCUGGAUAUAGCCGCUGGGUUUCUAGACCAAAGCAAAGCUCAGGACUUAGCCACCCCCAGCUCUGAAAGUUCUCCCUGGGAGGGACAGAUUGCAGAUUGUCUUCUUUACAGCCGCGUCUCUGAUUAUCUAAAGGCCUGCCUUUGUUCUUACACUCAGGAGGCAAUGCUGCCGUGCACCUACCUGCCGACCCCUGUGAUCUUCUACUCCCAGAAUGGAGAGCAGCAGUACGACAACAUGGCGACCACCACCUUCCCCCAAAAUGCAGCGCCGCAGUACGACAGCAUGGCCGCCCCUGUGAUGCCUUCCCCUCAGGACGCCCCCUUGCCAUGUGACGGCACAGACCCCCCUGACCAAAUCUGGCUGCAAGAAGGGGUGCUGCUCUGCGACGAUGAGGCGGUGCUGCUCACGUGCACAGAAACCUUCGAUGAUGAUGUGUAACGGUUUUGCAUUUGUUUGUUCUCUUGCUGCGCCUUAAGUUCGUACAAUUCCCCUGUUAAUCUGUGGGUCGGAAAAUAUUCAAUAAUUGUAUUUAAAAAUGUAAUAUAUAUCUUUUAUUCUAUUGAUUAAUAUGGCCUUAAUGGGGUGGUUCACCUUCCGGCCAACUUUUAGUAUGGUGUAGAUUGGCGACUUCGAAGCAGCUUUUCAAUUGG